AUGAAAGGAUUAGAGGUAGGUAAAAUAAAAUAAGUGACUUAAAAUAAAAUUAAAGCAAAAAUAGCUAGUAAUCCAGAAUUCAUACCAAAUUUGGUUUAAAAAGUAAGUGUGGCUGCAAAGUCUAUUUGUGAAUGGGUUAGAGCUGUGAGUGAAUUUACUGAUGUAAAUAAUGAUGUAGAGAAAAAGAAAAGUCAAGUAGAAGCUAUGAAUUAAUAAUUAGAGAAAGCUAAUAAAAUAUUAUUAUAAAAACAAUCUGAAUUAGCUUAAGUAGUUAAAAAAGUAACAGAAUUAGAAAUACAAUUCAAUUAAAAUAAAUAAGAAAAAGAUCGUCUUGAUUAAGAUAUUUAAACAACAGAAUAAAGAUUAAUAAGAGCUGAAGAACUUACAGUUGGAUUAGCAGAUGAGUAAGAAAGAUGGAAAAUUAAAGUUGAAAGUUUAACUGAAGAAAUAUAACUACUAUUGGGUAAUGUAUUUUUGGGAGGUUCAACAGUAGCUUAUUUGGGUCCAUUUACUGGAACAUUUAGAAAUUAAUUAAUACAAAAUUGGAUGGAAAAAGCAACAGAAUUAACUAUUCCUUUGAGUGAGAAAUAUAAUUUUGAAUCAGUCUUAGGAGAUGCUCUUGAAAUUUAAUAAUGGGCAGCAAAUGGAUUACCUAAUGAUACAGUUUCAAAGUCAAAUGGUAUCAUUCAAAAAUACAGUAGAUCUUAUCCUAUGUUUAUUGAUCCAUAAUUAUAAGCUAAUACUUGGAUCAAGAAUAGUUAUAGAGAGCAUAAUUUGAAAGUUUUAAAGAUUACAUAAGAAGGUCUUAUUAAACAUAUAGAAAAUGCAGUUUAAACAGGAAUUCCUUUGCUUUUAGAAGAUGUUUAAGAAUAAUUGGAUAACUUUUUAGAACCAUUAUUAUUGAAAUAAUUUAAUAUAAUAAAUAGAAGAAAAAUGAUAAAGAUAGGGGAUAGAGAAGUUGAAUUUGAUCCUAAUUUUAAAUUAUUCUUUAGUACAAAAUUGGCAAAUCCAUAGUUUUUACCAGAGAUAUUUAUUAGAGUAACAGUAAUUAAUUUUACAGUUACAGAAUAAGGUUUAGAAGAAUAAUUACUUGGAGAUGUUGUAUAGAUUGAAAAACCUGAAAUGGAAGAAGAAAAAAAAGACUUGAUUAAAAGAAUUUCUACUGGUAAUAUGAACUUAAGAAAGAAUGAAGAAAAGAUUUUAAAUUUAUUAGCUAAUUCUAAAGGAAUGAUUUUAGAUAAUGUUGAUUUGAUUGAAAACUUAAAGAUAUCAAAAUAAGAUGCAAUAUAAGUUAAAGAAAGUUUAGUAAAUCAAGAAUAGAAAUCUGCUGAAAUUGAAACUGCUAGAUAAUAAUAUUUACCAGUUGCUACAAGAGGUAGCUUGCUAUAUUUUGUCAUUGCAGAUUUCACAUUGGUAGAUCCAAUGUAUUAGUUUUCAUUAAAUUAUUUUAAAAGACUUUAUUAAAAUGUGAUUAGAAAUUCAGAAAAAAAUGAUGAUAUAAAAAUAAGAAUUUCUACAUUAAUAGAUGGCAUAACUGAAACAAUUUACUCAAAUGUUUGUAGAGGUCUAUUUAAUUAACAUAAGAGAAUCUUUUCAUUCCUAAUGACUGUUAAAAUAUAACUAAAUGCAAAAUAAAUUUCUUUUGGAGAAUGGAAUCUAUUUAUAAGGGGAGCAAGUUUAUCAAUUUAACCACCUGCUAUGCCUAAUACUGUUAAAUUAACUCCUAAGAUCUGGAAUGAAUUAUAUCAAUUAACAACAGUCCAUUAAAAUUUUAUACAAAUUUACAAUCAAACAUUAACUAAUUUCAAAGAGACUGAGUAAUUAAUACAAUCUGAUAAUCCUUGGAGUUUAUUAAAUGAGUAAUUGACUCCUUUCUAAAAAUUAAUGAUAGUAAAAGUUUUAAGAGAAGAAGAAUCUUUAUAUGCAAUGACAUAUUAUGUGGAUGCAAUCUUAGGAAAGAAAUAUACUUCCAAUAAUUAAGCAUCAAUUGAAGAAAUUUUCAAUGAUACUGAUCAUAAAACUCCAUUUAUAUUUAUAUUGAGUUAAGGUGCAGAUCCAUUAUCUAGUUUAAUAAGAUUAGCUAAUCAAAAGAAAAUAUCAUCUGAAAAGCUUAGAAUAAUAUCACUUGGUUAAGGACAAGGAAUUAUUGCUGAAAAAGCAAUUGAAAGUGGAGUCAAGAGUGGUGAUUGGGUAAUUCUAUAAAAUUGUCAUCUUGGAAAAUCAUUUAUGCCAACUCUCGAGAAAAAAUUAGAAUGGUUUGAAGAUCCUGAAUUAUAAUCAUAAUUUAAUACUGGAUUUAGAUUAAUGUUAACAAGUAUGCCUUGUGAUUACUUCCCUGUUAGUGUUCUAUAAAAUAGUAUUAAAUUAACUACAGAACCUCCUAAAGGAUUGAAAUCUAAUAUGUUUAAGAGUUAUACUGAUUUAUCAUCAGAAUAAGUUGAAAAUUGUGAAAAAAAGGAACCCUGGAAAAAAUUACUCUAUUCUCUUGCAUUUUUCCAUGCUGUAGUAUAAGAACGUCGUAAAUUCGGACCUUUAGGUUGGAACAUUAGAUAUGAGUAAGAUUUUAUCUAAAAUUAGAUUUAAUGAUUCUGAUCUUGAAACAUCAUAUACAUUACUUAGGAAUUUUCUUGAUUAACCUUAAGAGAUACCCUGGGAUGCAAUAGUGUAUGUUGUAGGAGAAAUCACAUAUGGUGGAAGAGUUACAGAUGAUUGGGAUAGAAGAUGUUUACUCACAAUUUUAGCAAAAUUUAUAAAGUAAAAUAAUUAUUAAAUAAAUUUAGUGAAGAUGCAUUGAAUGAUGGAUAUUCUUUUUCAGAUUCAGGUGUAUAUAAAUAACCUGCAGAAAUGAAUAUUGAUGGAUAUAGAAAUUUGAUCAAUAAAUUCCCUGAUUUUGAAAAACCUGAAGUUUUUGGAAUGAAUGAAAAUGCCAAUAUUACUUUUAAAUUAACUGAAUCAAAAAUGGCUUUGUCCACUAUUUUAAGUAUUCAACCAAGAGAAAGUGCUUAAGCAAGUGACUCAGAUCAAAAAGCAAAAACACCAGAUGAAAAUGUUUUGGAACUCUGUGAUAUUCUUGCCUAGAAACUUCCUUUUUAAAUUAAAGAAUAAGAAAAAAAGAAAAAAUAAGCUGCUCCUUAACAUACUUCAUCUGAAAUUGAUUCUUUAAAGGUUUGUUUAAAUUAAGAAGUUCAAAGAUUUAAUAAAUUAUUAUCAGUUAUUGGAAAUUCAAUAAAAAAUUUAUAAGCAGCUAUUAAAGGAGAAGUAGUUAUGUCAGCUGAACUUGAUAAAAUGUACAGCUCCUUACUCAAUAAUUAAGUCCCUUAAAUUUGGGCUAACAAAGCUUAUCCUUCUUUGAAGCCUUUGGCCUCAUUUUAUGAUGAUAUGAUAAAAAGAGUCAAUUUCUUUAGAGAUUGGUUUAAUUUAGAAUUUGGUUAUCCAAAGGGUUAUUGGAUUUCUGCAUUCUUUUUCCCUUAAGGUUUUCUAACUUCAGUUCUCUAAACAUUUGCAAGAAAAAAUUAAAUUGCUAUCGAUAUUCUUGGAUUCAGUUUCAAAUUCUUUAAUUAUGUAGAUAGUGAAAUGGUAAUAAAGUAUAAACUAUUUAGAUUACAUCAACUCCUGAUAAUGGAGCUUACAUUUAUGGUUUAUACAUAGAGGGAUGUAGAUUUGAUAUAAACAAAGGAAUACUAGAAGAUCAAUUACCUGGUUAAACUAUUUAUUAGGCUCCUAUAAUACAUUUUAUACCUACUUAAGACUAUAAACCUAAUCCAAAUGAAUAUUCAAUGCCUCUUUAUAAAACAAGUAUCUAUUCAAAUAAAAUUUUAAGGUCUUAGAGCAGGAGUAUUAUCAACAACAGGACAUUCAACUAAUUUCAUCAGAGCUAUCGAAUGCCCUACCAAGAAGAAUCCUGAUUAUUGGAUUCUUAAUGGAGCUGCCUUUACAACCCAACUAAAUGAUUGAAAUAUAAUUUAUAAUAAAAUUCAAAUUUUAUCAUAUUU